UGAGAACGAAGUUUGCUUACAUUAAGCAUUAGCAUAUUUACCUUUAUCUUGUAUGAAUGUGUACACAACAGUUUCGAAAAAGUGAUUUAUGGAAUAAAGACAUCUGAACUCAUGAUUGGGAAAAACGAAAAAGACAGUUUUGUUGGGAAUUUUCUGGAUAUGCAGCAUGGUGGACUGUCCCAUCGCUACACCGGCAUGUCGCCGGCAAUGUCAGGCAUCGGGAACAGCUCCUCCCUAAGUAUGAUGCCAUCGUUGUUCGCAGACAACAACUACUACCGACACGCAGCCGGAUACGGAAGUAUGGGGAUGGGGAUGUACGCGGCCACCGGGGCUACUUCAGCCGACCAGUACUCCAUGGCCCGGCAUUCCCCGUACUCCCCGUAUGCUCCACCCCACCACAGCACCAAGGACAUGGUGAAACCCCCUUACAGCUACAUUGCACUGAUCGCUAUGGCCGUCCAAAGUCAACCGGACAAAAAAAUAACGUUGAACGGAAUAUAUCAAUUUAUCAUGGACCGGUUCCCGUUCUACCGCGAAAAUAAGCAGGGUUGGCAGAAUAGCAUUCGUCAUAAUCUAUCACUGAAUGAAUGUUUUGUGAAAGUCCAACGCGAUGAUAAAAAGCCGGGAAAAGGCUCAUACUGGUCGCUCCAUCCGGACAGCUACAACAUGUUUGACAACGGCAGUUAUUUGCGCCGUCGACGGCGGUUCAAGCGUCCCGAUAAAGAGAAAGAGGACGCUCAAGAUGGCGGAGAGGCGCGCACGAAAUCCGAAUCCGAUGAAGCGGACGAUGGAAACGUCUCAAGCACGGAAGAACCAAAGAGUAGCGCUUCUGCGAAAAAGACCGAUGUAUUAGACAAAGUGAAAAAGGAAGGACCCCCAAAAUCGGACUUUGAUAGCAUCAAACCGCCGUUUAAACAUUAUGAGUUGGAUUGUUCAAGUUCGAAACUCGAUAGAGCGCUUAUAAGGGUGGAUACUAGUCCAGGAUCUAUAAAUAUAGGAACAGAGCCUCUAAACGCCGAUCCACCAACGUCAUCUUUUUCCGUAGAAAACCUUGUGACAAAUCAUCUUGCAGAACUCUCUCCAACAAACUCAUUUCUGGGUGGUCGCAACGCUGCCCAUCUGCUUGCGCCACCGAUGCUAUCGUGUUAUUCGCGACCGUCGGAUGUAUAUAGAAAUUCCUGCGUUUCCUCGCCAUCGGCAGCAAGUUAUGGAUAUGCAGGAAACAUCAGCGCCCAGUCGCUCUUUUCGUCAUCGCUUUGCACGACUUCCGGUAGACAUACUACAGGAAGUAACCUUGUAUCUGCCGAUGACGGUUCAAGUGGGAGCGCAGGAAACUCUCCGCAUCCGACGCCGACUCCUGCGCAUGCGGGAACGAUGAACGGAAGCGGAAAUCAGUCGGCGCUACCUCAAGGGAACAGCUUUAUACCCAGCAUGUUCAGUGCACAGCAAAAUGGACAGCACUACGCGCGCAACUCGUGGUACAUGUCACCCGGUGAGUUUUCUGCUCCACCGCACUUCAGCAUGUUCGACUCCCAGCGGCAUCUCGAGAACCAGGGACAGCCGUCGGCGGCUUCGGGAGGGUCCAGCUGUCAGCUUGCCGCCUUUCGAUCCACGUUCAAAAAUAACGUGCAGUAUCCGUGCGAUUACGGUAAAUUCUGAAUAUAAAUUUGUCCGAACCUAGGAGUUCUUUUAUUUAAAGACCGUCUCAUUUAUUAAUAUUUUAAUUGCGUAGAAAUUUGCAAUAAUAGCUGGUGUGCAAAUAUUUCUUUUUUAUUCCCAGGUUGCGUUUAUAAAAAGUGAUUUUUGGUAACAUUUCUGUAUUAUUAUAAUGAACUGAGAUGGAACGCGCAAGUGUGAUGAAUUAUGUUGCGCUUUUAAUUUCAUAUCAACUUCCUAGUAUGUGACUUAAUUUAUUUCAAUAUCAAACAAGACGUACAUAAAUAUUGGACAUGUAUUAGAAUACUAUUGAGUACAAUUAACAUUAAAAACGACCGAAUAAUUAACUAAACAUAAUGGAUCAAUAAAAUAUACCCGUUUAUGAGCCAACAAUUACUCUGUUGUUUUUUGAUAAUCAUUACUUUUCUCUGAAAAUACUUAUAUAAACAAUUUUAGUUUGUCUCUAAAUACUUUAAAUUUUCUUGCCAGUGUGAAUUUUUUUGUGCUGAACGAGUCUGUGACUGUAUAUAUAUUAAUUUUAUUUUUAUUUUGUUUAACCUGAUGUUACCAUAAUGAUGUUAUAUGUA